AUGUUCAUGUUCACCUCGCUGCAGCGCUUGCACCAUGUUGUGAGAUCAAGAGAUCACACCCAGAAACCGACCAAAGGGACCAAGAUAAAGGAGUCAUGUAGGUUCUGUGAUGUCUCCGUUAGUCCGGGAUUCGACAUUGUUCAUGAGGACGAUAUUUUUGUUGCAUUCCGCGACCGCAAUCCAUCGUCAGUACACCACAUCCAAUUGAUCACAAAAACGCAUAUUGACAGUGUUCAGAGUCUCAGCACAGCUGAUGUAGACUUGGUGAAGUCAAUGGAGAGAAUCGGGCAUAACAUUCUUGAUAGUCUAGAUGUGCCGCCUCAUCAGCGCAAACUGGGGUUCCACAUACCGCCUUUCAAUUCUGUUCAACAUCUUCACCUCCAUCUUCAAGGCCUACCUUACAAAUCCCUUGUCCGUCGGAUGAAGUAUCCUGUUGUUCAGGGGGGUAAGGGUUCCGUGAAAGGGUUUAGCUGGUUUGUGAAUGUUAGCCAGCUUAUCGAGUUGUUGGAACGACGUAGAUGUGUGCGUGUUAUGCCCUGUUGA